CCUACCUCCCCGACGACCCCUAACAAGCCAGUAGUGCCACUGGAGUGGGCAUCUGGAGUGGUACCAAAACCCGACCCUACAGUCAUCAACAAGCACAUACGAAAGCUGGUGGAUUCUGUCUUUAGGAACUACGAUCAUGACCAUGAUGGCUAUAUUUCUCAGGGAGACUUUGAAAGUAUAGCUGCCAACUUCCCCUUUUUGGACUCUUUCUGUGUACUGGACAAAGACCAAGAUGGUCUUAUAAGCAAAGAAGAAAUGAUGGCUUACUUUCUGAGAGCUAAAUCACAGUUCCAGUGUAAAAUGGGACCAGGGUUUAUUCAUAACUUUCAGGAGAUGACCUAUCUUAAACCAACUUUCUGUGAGCACUGUGCAGGAUUUCUCUGGGGUAUAAUCAAACAAGGCUACAAAUGCAAAGACUGCGGUGCCAACUGUCACAAGCAAUGCAGAGACCUGCUUGUGCUGGCGUGCAGGAAAUUUUCCAGAGGAACCUCGGUAGGCAGCAACCAUGGCUCUCUGCCUAGCAGUCCGUCUCUGCCUCCAGUCCAAGAUGAAGUAUUUGAAUUCCCCAGUGUUGCUGCGGAACACCAGGACCUCGAUGGCAGAGCUAUCACCCUCGUCACUGGCUCUUCCCGGAAAAUUUCGGUGCGGCUGCAGAGGGCAACCACCAGUCAAGCAACACAGACAGAACCACUGUGGCAUGAGCCAGGCUGGAAUGAUUCAGGUUCCCAUACUUUCCCCAAAAUGAAGUCCAAGUUCCACGGCAAAGCUGGGAAGAAUAAAGGUUUUGCAAAAUGGGAGAAUGAAAAGCCCAGCAUGCAGGCUGAUAUAGAGCUGGAAGCUGAGGCCCCACAACACGUACAGGAUCACAACGGAAUAGAAACCCUCCCAGAAAGACAAGAAUCUGAGGACAGCUGAUUGCCCACCCUGAAGCACCGAAACGUGAAGAUGACCACUGUAAUACAGCAAGCCCUGAUGGACUGUCACAGACCACACUUGGCCACGAGAAGUUUUCCCGUACCUCAUACUUUCAAAGUCAACCAUUGCCCUCUUUUCUUAGCUGAAGGGUGUUACAGAGCACUUUUUAUUUUCUCACGAGUAAGCUGUUUGGAUGAACAGUGAACGGACACAGUGGAACAGAUCUCGGUGUUUUCUCUUGUAUGACUUCUCUGGAAACUUCCUCUACAUGCCAGUGAGGAUAUAUUCGGCCUCCUUUAAAUAUACUGCAUCAUUUCAGUACAUCUGCCAGCAACAACAAUGGCAAGGACAGAAGCCAAGCAUCUAAGUUUGUUCAGUAACACUCCUUUUCCAGAGGCUCGUAACGAUCUUCUAAGGAAAGAAGUAGGUGUGUACACUGAUUAAAUCUCAAA